GGGGAAGAAUCAAGGCAGUCCAAAACCUCAACACGGAUCCCUCAAUACAAGGCUCCAUUUGAAGAGUCGUAAAAUAUUGUAUAUUUUUUCUUACAAAAGUAGAUAUAUAGAUCUAGUUGGUCAUUUAUUGACAAGAAGCUCACUAGACCCGUGCACCGUUCAUCUUGAGGUUCUACUUUCUUUUGCGGAGUAAUUGGCUGAAGUUGCCGUCAUUGGCUGACGUAUAGAUCUAGCCUACUGGUUGGGUUCAGUCGGAGUGUUUUGGACAAGCUCGGUAGAGUCAAGCUGCUGACGCUCGGUAUUCUCAGUUAAUACACUCUCGUUGUGAUCGACAGCUGUUCUACUUGGGGGUUUUUUCGUCGUUGUGAUCUCACCAAAGAAAUCAAGAUGGUUGAGGGAGGAAUGAAAUGUAUCAAGAUUCUUCUUUUCGUGUUCAACCUGCUCUUUGUGAUUGCAGGCAUUGGCCUGAUUGCCACAGGAGCUUAUGUGAACAUCAAGAUGGAUGAGUACUAUGACUUCUUUGGCAAAGAAUACCUGGGACCAGGCAUAUUAGUCAUCAUCGUUGGUGUUCUGAUAUUCUUAAUUGCCUUCUUCGGAUGUUGCGGAGCAAUCAGAGAGAACUACUGCUUGACCAUGACAUUUGCUGUGAGUCUGGCCAUUAUCUUCAUCCUGGAGAUUGCUGGUGGAAUCACUGGAUUUGUUCUCAGAGACAAGAUUGAGGAUGACGUUAAGGGAGUGCUUACAGAUGCCAUGAGGAAUUACAAUGAAUCACACCAUGAAGGUGUUACAAAAAGCUGGAACAAACUUCAAGAGGAGUUUAGCUGCUGUGGUGUCAACAACUACACCGACUGGAACACCACAAGAGGCUUGAGUGCUCCCCCAGUUUCUUGCUGUGCUAAAAUCCCCUGCACACCUUCCUUCGAUGAUCCGAGCUCAAUUUACACCGAUCCAUGCGCUGGCCAGAUUGAAGACUGGUUGAAGGGAAAAGUGGCUAUCAUUGGCGGAGUUGGCAUUGGUCUGGCGUUCGUGCAGGUUGUAGGUGUUAUGUUUGCUUGCUGCUUGGCCAGAGCUAUCAGGAAAGAGUAUGAGGUGGUGUAAUGGUCUUGCCCAAGAUUACUACAGUCUCAUCAAGAGCAUUUUUUUAACUCUCCACCGGAGCUCAAGGACUAAAAGAAAACAUCUUUAUUUUCGCACAAGGAAAUCAGAGCACAUGAUGAUUACUGGAAAAUCCCAGGACAAAGACUUUCUCGAAAGUGUUGAUUCAAAUUUGUGGUUGUAUCACUUCAAGGUGCUUAUUUUCUGAAGAAAGGAUUACAUUUGAAAAUAAAAUAAUAAUCAAGGUUCAUAUUCAAAGGAAGUACUUCUGUUUGGAUCUUUGGCUGCAACACUUUUCUCAGUGCGAUUGAACCUGAAUUUUUGUGAAAAAUAGGAGCUGCCUGGCGAAAUUUUUGUUCUACCAGCAAUUUCCAGAGAGAUAUUUUGACUCAUUUUUUCAUCAACAUUGAAGCCAUUGUUCAUAAUUCACGUUUGUUUUGGUGACCACAUCUAAGUCAUAUAAAUAGUUGUGUGUUCAGGUGUCAGUGUGAAUGUGUUGCUGUGCUCUGUUGUUUGGCAGAUGCUUACUGUGGUGAGUGUGUGGCUCCGCUAUACCUUCUUAACUUGGCAUACAUGCCUGACUUAAUCGAAAUCCAUGGACAUUGCUGAGCCCAGUUUUCUGGGGAGCAAAUUCAUUAAAUAAACCCACUGAGGCCUUAAGUGUCCUUUCAUUUUUCUAUCUACAAAAGCCAAAGAUAGGCAGAUGGCUGUCAUAACUUACUGUAUUUCUUUUUAAGAAAAAGGAGAUCUUAACCCUUGCUUGCUUAAUUCACUAGGUACUUAAACAGAUCAGCUAAUAGCAAACAACUGCUGUGGAAAAACUGUGUUGUUAUGGUUUAAGGGAAAUGCUAUGUUGGCGUGUUUGGUGAUUGCUUAUUUUCUGUGACAAAUUGAUGUCUCACAAAACAUUGUUGGUCUGCUUAUUUAGUUUACUUUCAAGGUGAAAUGCUUCUGCAUUAUUUUUGCCUCUUAUGAUAAAUACUUAACUUAAUGUAAUGCUGCACAUGAUAUCUGUGGCUUUGAAAGUCAAAGCAGUUUGAAAGAAGUGUUUGUCAGUGUGGUCAAUGAUUAAUUUUGUACAACACUUUCCGUAUAAUCAUUCCACUGUUUCAUCCAGUCCAAAACUUCCAUGGCACCCACCCUAUAAUUGUUUUUGAGUUUUUUUGCCACAAAUUUCCAGACUCAGCUAGAUACCUAUUCAGAAAAAUAUAAAAUCAAUACUGUUUGUUUCUGGGCAAGGGAAAAACACUAGGCUUUCCCCUUUUUGUUUUGUUUAUGUGGUUGUUGGUUUUUUUUUUUUUAGAGAGUUUGGGUAAAUCAUUGUGUAUGGGACCAUGGAUGAUUUGCAUGUUUGUUGUUUUUGUUGAUUGGUGUCUUGCAUUUUGUGACUUAAAAUGUACAAUUGCAGUAGAUGCUGUUGUUACUACUAGAGAAAAGUGUACCUCUUUCUUCUUAUGUUAAUAUUUUUCUUUUUUUGAACUGGCAUAUAUGGAUCUUAAGAAAAAUAAUUUCAUAAUAAUUGAAUGGUUUUCCCUCCUUUACAGAUGUGUACAUCUUUAAUUGAGAUUCAAGAAAGGUAGACUAGUGUGUGACUGUUAAUAGUAUUACAUCCAUUACGCUUUCUUUUUCAUCAUGCUGAUGUAAUUUUCUGCUUACCUCAUUUGUUUGCUGAAACUUUUGGUUUUCUAUGUGUGUUUGUUAGUGUAGUCCCCAUCUCUCUUUUAAGUGAACACUGUACCCUGCAAAGGCAUGGUCAGAAAGUCACGGGCUUUGUUGAAAUAUAUGGUUUAUAUGUUUACACAAUUUUGCUGUGAAAUCUUUGGCGUUCGUUAAAUACUUGAUGGAUGUCCCAGGUGAUGUACUUUCUUUUUUUUUCUUCUUAUGGGGAUUUUAAAAGCCACAAAUCUUUUGACUUUGAAAAUGUCCAACUUUCAUACUGCUUUUUUUUUUCUGACAAGUUUUGCAUGCUACUUAUACAUGUAUCAAAUAUAUUUUUUUAAUAACUUAAGUGGGAUAACAUCUUCUACCUGUAGAUUUUUCUGAUUGUAAUUUGGAUUCUCUCUCCCCCCACCCCUUCCCACAUACAUUAAGACAUUCAUAGCUCCUCGACAAUGGGCAGGUUUUUAUCUUUGAUGAAACUGCAAGACCCUCAUUCAGUGAAAUGUCAGUUUAUGGAGAUGGGCUGGGUUGUCUUGUUAUCACUCCUGAAUUUGAGUGAUUUAGACCCCCAUUCUAAAACUCAAGGAACUGUCUUAAUAUAUCAGAACCGGCCCUUGAAUAUUUUUAGAUUUGGUGCAGACAUGAUCCAAUCCCUGUCGCCCUAAGCAUUGAAUGGAGGCUCAUCAGUGAGGCUGAAGCUGAGUUCCCAGUAUGGGGCAGUGAUAAGCGCUGGUGUUGUGCUUUCUUCAUAAUUUUCAUCACUCUUUAGUUGAGGUCCUGUCCCUUGUUCGUGGAGAGCUCAAAAGAUUGUCCUAUGAUAUUCAAUUUCUUGUGGUUGUGGGUACCUGUUAAUCUACUACUUCUGAUGCUAACAUAGGGGAGUAGGGGGGGGGGGGAGGCCUAGCUUCAUAUGAUGAACCAAAGCGGUCCACGCACGUCAAAUUCGUCAUCCUGUGAUUACAGUUUGUGGUCUUUUUUUUUCCCUUUAUUUUGUAUACCUCCGAGUGUGUUACUUUACUUACAAUCAAUCCUGUUAUCCCAAAUCCCUUUUUCUUUACAAGAACUUAUUCAGUCGCAUCUGAUGAAGCUCAUUUUUUCUGAUAUUUGGUCACAUUUGUCCGAACUCUUUUGGAUUGGGUAAACUUUACUGGCUCAUUGAUGAAGUAUUAUAUAUGCAUGGAAUUGCUAAGAAUUUUUUUUAUUAUGAAACAGUGAGUUCUCAUUCCUGGAGGCCUUUACUUAUUGAAGAAAUGUUCAAGAUUAUAUUGGGAAAAAUAAAAUAGACUUAGAUUAGAACACACACA